UGGAAUUGCUCCGUCCGUGAGGUCAGCGCUGGGCGCCUCAUCUCCCAUAAGGCCUCGGGUCGGAAGCUCCAUUCUCUCUUCCGGUUCUCCACAAUGGCGCAAGAUCAGGGUGAAAAGGAAAACCCCAUGCGGGAACUGCGCAUCCGUAAGCUGUGCCUCAACAUCUGUGUUGGGGAGAGUGGGGACCGACUGACCCGAGCUGCCAAAGUGUUGGAGCAGCUCACAGGCCAAACCCCAGUGUUCUCCAAAGCUCGCUAUACUGUCAGAUCUUUUGGAAUCCGGAGAAAUGAGAAGAUCGCCGUUCACUGUACAGUCCGUGGGGCCAAAGCUGAAGAGAUUCUGGAGAAGGGCCUGAAGGUGCGAGAAUAUGAGUUAAGGAAAAAUAACUUCUCAGACACUGGCAACUUUGGCUUUGGGAUCCAAGAGCACAUCGAUCUGGGGAUUAAAUACGACCCAAGCAUCGGCAUCUACGGCUUGGACUUCUAUGUGGUGCUGGGCAGGCCCGGAUUCAGCAUUGCAGACAAGAAGCGUAGGACAGGCUGCAUUGGGGCCAAACACAGAAUUGGCAAAGAGGAAGCCAUGCGCUGGUUCCAGCAGAAGGUGGUGCUUCUUGAGCAGGGGAGGGCUGUGGUCAGACCUGUCUUUCAGGAAGACUGGUUUUGCAGCUGUGGAGUAUAGACUGGAAAGGAGGAGAGAUGCAGGUAUUCAAGGUAUUACCGAGAGCUUCCCAAGAUUUUUAAAAAUGGAUGAAUGCUACCCUUUCCUGGUGAUACUGCCAGGAGGAACCUAGAAAUCAUUGCCAAAAAUUAUGAAGUCUUAGGCAAGAAAAUGAAGACCCUGUGUAUGGGCCCUGGUGGUGUCUUCAUCACUGCUGUCCACUGAAGACAGAAGGGCUUCAGAAGAGACAAGCACAUUUGGGGAAGUAACAGCUGGCAAUAAAUAAUGGUGUUUAAUAAUGGGA